AGUGCGUUGGCUCAAGGGAGCAUUUGAAACACUUGCCUUGAGCAGUUCGUGGUGCCCACAGGGCCCACAGCGAGAUGGAGCCACAGCUGAUGGUUCAGUGUGUGGGAGCGGUGGUGACCUACUUCUCUGCAAGGAUGUGUCAUUCAGCAUUUGUAGCGUCGAUUGAUGUUUGGUACUCAUCCCCUGCCAACCGCCAUGUGUAUUUCAAAGCCUUCAAGGAAAAAUACAACAGGACCGGAAAAGAGGAUUAUUCUUUGCUGAUGAGGACCCACCCAGAGACACUCUCUGAGACCUUUGGUGAUGAGGCGACAUCCGAGGGCCAGAUGGUCAAGGCAAUGGUGGAACCAAGCACGGUUUUGAUGGCCAUUGGUGGCAUCAUGAUGCGAUGUGGAGGUCAGGAUAUGUGGGGCUUCGUUUUUCAUGCAGCGCGCGGAUUGUUGACUCCAUUUGGGUUGCUGAUGGUUUUGCAGACUCCCGUAGUGAGCGGUGCUGGUGCUGGCAACAAGGAAAUCCGGGCGGGCAAGAAGGUGUCAAACAUUGAAAUGCUGUAUCAGCUGAAUUGGGUCAUGCUGCACUUUGCAGGUUUUGCAUUAUUUUUGGGUCCAGUGGUUUUCAUUGAACUUCCGGUGGCAAUAACGGAGCUUGUCAACGGAGAAGGCUUUGAAACGUCAUUUGAAGGCAAUGCCGAUGCCUGGCUGAUAGACUCUCGCUUCAUCUUGGCAGUGAUGCGCGUGCUUUGCGGUAUCCUGCUAAUCGCUGCAUCACCCUUUCUUGGCAAGGCCAAGACGAGAAACCCCAAUACAUUGACAGCUCUGCAUUGGCGAGCAGAAUUUACAGUCGGUGAGUUCGGAGCCUCACAAAUGUAUUUCAAUGCCUUGAGUGUUUGGCUGCAACCAGGUGUCGGGCCAUACAGAACGAUGGAUUUGGUUCUUUUAGGCUUUUUGGCUCUGGAAGCUUUCCGUAUCUUCUUUAGGCAUGCCGUCUACUGGCUUUACAUUAUGUGCCGGUGGGAUUCGAUUGACUGGGCUGCCGAGGUGAAGAAGGCCGUGCCUGCGCAAGGGCCAGUAAUGCAAGGCUUGCGUGAAGUGACAAGUGACGAACUGGUCUUCUUGCAUGGCGUGCAGGCUGGAGUGCCAGACUCCACUGAAUGGAUCGUGAAGGCAUCGUCCUACUUGCCUUCGAGCAUGGUAGCCACCGGCUGCAACUAUCCCAAAAUAAAACUUCUGGUGCUGAGGCCUGACAACUACGAAAACUUUCGAGCCAUUGACUUUAGCGAUCUCUCCAACGAAGACUUGGUCAACUGGAACCACGACUUGGGUCGAGUGCUGUCAGCGCUUCCCACAUCAGAUACGCUUUUCCUUCCCAGUGGCUACUACAAAUUGGAUGUGAUGCUUCCCAAGGCCUUGCUGUCAAUUGCUGACUAUGAGUCAGACGUGGAGUUGCUCGGAGUCGUUCCCAAUGAGAUAGGGGCCACAGAGUCCGAUGGCGACGUUGCUUUCAACGUCACAAGCAAGUUUCUCUCCGACCCACGAUGUGCCUUUCUGCUUGGUCGGUCAUUUGCCGAUAGCGCGAAGGAGCCAGGGAUGGCUGAGUUUUACAAAGUCAUCGGCGAGCUUGGAAAUCAAAUCGAGGAUGCUGCCAAGGCACAGCAGCUGGCCAACGGCACUCUGGACAAGUUUGAGAGUGAUGGAUCGGAUGCCGACAUAGAGUCAGGAACAGAUACUCCUCUCCUUGCGCUAGAGGCCAACAUGCCAAUGGCUUAUGAAAUUCAGAUUCGUGGUGUAAAGCAGCUGACGCCGAUGAUUGUACUUCGUGUACCUCAGUCGCAGGCGUUGCCCGCAGGAUGGCAGCAUUUGCCACCAGUCAGUCCAAUGCCAGCAUCAGCAAAGUAGGAAAAGCUAUGGCUGGAUGCGAGCACGACCUGAGGGUCUAAUUCACUAGGCCAGCGGACACGUACUAUAUUGUAAUGUCAGGCACCCGCGAUGUAGCAGUGCUGCCCAAAGGUGAGCUCUCGGUGUUUGAGCUACUUUGGCCCAAGGCUCCCGGGAGCCCUCUUUAGGGCUCACGUAGGCCGUUUCUUGCUUUCGUGGGCUGCGCGGCUCCUGUCGUCUUUUUCGAGCGGUCUUGAGGGAGGU